UAAGACAAAAUGCCAAAACUGAAGACAGUAUUAGUGACAGGAGGCGCAGGCUACAUCGGUAGCCAUUGCGUGGUGGAUCUUUUACAGGCUGGACAUGAAGUUGUAGCUAUAGACAAUUUCGCAAACGCCGUCGGUGACGAAGAGGGAUCGCCAGCUCUGCGCCGCGCGGAAACUAUCACAGGAAAAAACAUCACCUUCUACAAAGCUGAUGUACUUGACAAAGCGCAAAUCAUGAAAAUAUUUGACAGGCACUCGAUAGACUGCGUGAUACACUUUGCCGCCUUAAAAGCAGUAGGGGAGUCAAUGCAGCAGCCUCUAUUAUACUACCAGAACAACCUUCUAGGAAUGCUCAAUUUGUUAGAGGUAAUGCGAUCACACAACUGCUACCAGAUGGUCUUUUCAUCAUCGUGUACAGUGUAUGGUGAACCUGAGUACCUACCUAUCACAGAAACCCACCCCACCGGCAAGAUCACCAACGUUUACGGCAGGACCAAGUAUUUCAUAGAAGAAAUGCUCAAAGACCUGAGCGCCGCUGAUGAAAAAUGGAACAUCAUAUCCCUACGAUACUUCAAUCCGGUAGGAGCACACCCAUCGGGUAUGAUCGGCGAGGAUCCAACCAAAGAGUUCACCAACCUCAUGCCAUUUAUGGCGCAAGUAGCUCUCGGCAAGAAGCCCGUGCUUACUGUUUUCGGCAGCGACUACAACACACCUGAUGGCACGGGUGUCAGAGAUUACAUACACGUCAUGGAUCUGGCCAGUGGGCAUGUUGCAGCGUUAAAUUUACUCAGCAAUAAUCACAUCAGGCUGAAGGUUUACAACUUGGGAACCGGGAAAGGCGUCUCUGUCAAAGAGUUAGUGAAUGUAUUUGAAAAAGUAACUAACACAAAGAUACCACUGAAAUAUGUGGAGAGGCGAUUAGGUGACAUCACGGCGAUGUGGGCAGACGCUACGUUGGCUAAGGAAGAGCUCGGAUGGACUACCAGAUAUUCAGUGGAAGAAAUGUGCACCGAUUUUUGGAGGUGGCAAACCAUGAAUCCAGAUGGAUAUCCAAAAAAAAGCAAGACAAGCGUGAUUGUCAACGGCAAAAGUUAACAUUGUUUUUCAAUGAAAAAAAUACCCAUUUUAUAAUUAAAUUAUUCCAUAUUCAAAUUGU